AUGUACAACGGUCAACCACCCUUCCGCCCACCUCCGGGUAACUUACCUCCCUUCCCCCCGAACCGACCACCCGCACCAGGCCAACAAGGUCAAUUCCCACCAUUCCGACCUCCUCCUCCAGGAUCAUUCAUCCCUCCACCUUUCCCACCGAACUUCGCACCAGGUUCUCGACCCCCUCCUUCACUGUCACCUUCUGGACCAGGUUUCAGCUCACCUGGUGGACCAACCAAUGGCGGUGGCGGUGGCGGUGCAUUACCAUUCCGUCCUCCACCAAGUGGACCGGGAGGUAUGGGCUACAACCAAUAUCCUCCUCCUCAGAGACCUGCGCAUCCCGGAUUAGGUCUACCUCCCGCCCCUGCUGGAUUACCCCAACCACCAAGAUUCCCUCAAGAAGGUCUACCACCGAAUCAGAGUCCCACUGGAAUAGGGACACCACCAGGCUUCGUACGGGAUGUUAAAACCACGAGUGUGUUCGUGGGAAGUAUAGCUCCUGGUAUAACGGAUGAUGUUUUAAAGAAUCUUCUCAACGCCUGUGGUCCUCUCCAUGAGCUCAAGAGGGUAUCGGGUGCAUCUGGUAAACCCCAAGCAUUCGGUUUCGCAGCUUACGAAAACCCAGAAGUCGUGCUGAGGUGUAUAAGAUGUUUGAAUGGUGUAGAAUUACCUGAUUUGUCGCCUGAGGGAAGGAGAGAUGGUAGGAAGAAGGCUCUGGUGGUUAAGGCGGAUCAGAAAACACAGGAGUUCUUAGAGGAGUUUGAAUCGACUCUGGGCAGAUCUGAUAACGACGAAGAAGCUGACGCAGCUACCCGGAAAUCAAUCGCCCAUAUCGUCGCACUCCUGACCGAUCCUAACGCUCAACACCCUGACGGUCCCGCUAAACAAGGAGGCGGAGACAGUCCACUUCAAGUCAUCGUCCCAGAACAUCUGCAAGAUCUGAAAGAAGGUGACUUACCUGAAAAUCAGAGAGUAGCAGUACUGGAUCAGAUUGCAAUCUUCCGAGUCGCAGCCGCGAAAAGGGAAAAGGAAAAGAAAGCAAUCGAAGAUGAAAGAGAGAGAUAUAGAAUCAUGCAACAGCAACAGCAGCAAAGGACACCUAUGGCCAAUGCGAAUUAUGGGUAUGGGAAUAACAGAGGAUUAGCUAAACAGCAACAACAAGCUUGGCAAAAUCAACAUCAGAACCAACCAAGUCCUAACACUCCUCUAGGUCAACAGACUCCUCAAUCGCAACAGAAUGGAGCUGGACCAAGUAGAGCGCGAGAUCCUCAGGGGUAUGAUAAACCCGUUGGAUUCGUUGCCGCUCAGUCGGCCGAAGGGAAGGUCGACUCUGGAAGGACGGAUGAAGAGGAAGAAGAGUUGAGGAGACAGAGGAAGCAGAGAGAGAAAGAUAUUGCUCUGAGAGAUGCCGAAAGAAGGGUCGAACAUAGAGAACGUAUCCGAAUAGAGGCACUGAAUAGGGAACUUGCCCAAAGAAAAGCCCACGAGGACCUGAUCGAGCGUAAUAGGCGAAGACAGAUUGAGCAAUACGAGAAUUGGGAUGAUGAUGAGAUAAUCGAGAAGGGCAGGGAGUUGUUCUAUUCUGACAGGGCAACAUGGCGUGCAAGGAGACAACGUAUCCGACAACAAGAGUACCAAGAUGAUGUACGUGACCGACAACAGGAGGAAGACGACUUGCAAGCAUUGGAGAAAGAGUCCGAGGAAUUCUUGAAGAAGCAAAUGGCAGAAUUAGCAGAAUUGGAGAAUGAGCAGAAAGCUAAAGGAUUAUUAACCGAGGAUGCCAAACCGAUUAGAUUGAAUAUUCAACCUACCGCCAUAGAAGCCAAGCCUAAAGAAGAAGUAAAACCUGUCAUACCUAAUAAACCCAAACCUGUGAUUUUGGCUGAAGACGAGGAAGAAGAGAAUGAACAGAAGAAGAAACGAACACUCAUCAGACUAGAUGCCGAGACGGAUGGACAAGGAAAUGAUGGGUUGACGGAAGCUCAGAGAUUGGCUAAGAGGAAUGCGAAAUUGUUGGACAUCAAGAAAUCCUUACCGACAAGUAAGAGAGAUAUUUUUAGAGCUGAUAUUGAUUGGGCUGCGGUGAAUGAGUCCACUAUCAAAGAAAAGGUCAAACCUUUUGUAGAAGGUAAAAUCAGUGAAUUCUUAGGUGAACUAGACCAAGACUUGGUCGAAUUUGUUUUAGAGCAUCUUAGAGACAAGAAAGAAUCGGAUGAUUUGGUAGAUGGAUUGGAACCUAUUCUCGCCGAAGAUGCUGAAUCUUUCGUACUUCAACUAUGGAAAUUACUCAUCUUCGAGAGCGAGGCGUUCAGAGUAGGGCUGAGUACCGGCUCGAUGAUGCCCUAG